UUGGCCGUGCCGUGCCUCUGCUUGGCCGCCUCCAUGCAUCGGCCCACAGCGGCGCACUGAGACGCUUCUAAUCCUCUUUUGAUGAACUUGGUUAAUAGACCUCCUGCAGGGGUCUUUGGCUCUGUUCAUUAGGCAGCACACGACCCUAUCCACGCCCCCGAGAGCAAGCACUGCGCGAUCUCGCGGCCCCCAUCUCCAUAAAUUCACCCAUCAAAGUGAAGAAAAGUUGAACGUGUGUUACUUUGCUGGAAGUUCUCAGUGAACUGACCGUGUUUUGGUCUUUUGGUUCAGUUUGGUACAAGAACAAAACGGGACAGUGAUGGCACCGAGUAAAAGCCUCUUUGCGCCUUUCAUAUGUGUGGAGCCGGAGGGAGGAGUCGGCCCCGAGGGGCCUGAGGCUUUCCACGCAGACAUCCAGGCUCUGCGACAACGGGGCCGCGCGCAGGAGCGCCCGGGGCCCGAGCGCGCCAGACGCGUCUGCGACCACCGGGACACCCCGUGCGCCAUCGUGGAGGUCCGGCUGGGGCCCGUGGGCGGCGGGGGCGCGCUGCACUACCUCCAGCCGGACAAGUGCGCUUUGGAGCGCGCGCAGAGACGGAGACGCCUCGCUGCCAACGCCCGGGAGAGGAGGAGGAUGCUCGGGCUCAACGUCGCCUUCGACCGGCUGCGGAGCGUCAUCCCCAACCUGGAGAGCGAGAAGAAGCUCUCCAAAUCGGAGACGCUCCAAAUGGCGCAGAUUUACAUCGCCACCCUCAGCGAGCUGCUCCAGGAGGAAGCCACGGUACCGAGCCGCGCGCAACUGUCCCCGGGGGCCCCUCCGCCCUCACAGGGGACCACACAUGUGGGGGGGGAGCGAUCGGCUCGAGGCAGAGACGUUCACACCGGGAAGAGCAGCGCAGGCCCGGCGCGCCAAGAGGAGUCAUAACCAGGACACGUGGGAGAAAACAAAUGGGACAAACGGAAUGAAUGUUUAAAAAAAAAAAAAAAAAGGACAGUGUUUCCCUCAGUGUAUUGCAAGCCUGGUAGGCCUAACUCCCCCCCCCCAGGCCUAAUUCACUGGGGAUACGUUUUUAAUGUAUUUUUAAGAUGUUUUUUAUACUUGAGUACCAGUGGAGCGGCUCGGUUGGAAACUUAGUCGUAUUUUCAAAUCUCCAGUUAGCCUUUAAGACUUAAUGUAGAGCCCCAUGGAAUCUGUCUCAUAUCUUAUGUUUUAAAUUCUGAAUUUCGUGAUUCUGUCCAUGGUUCAGUUCAUCAGGCUGACUGGCCCCAUCCGGGCCCUCCCAGCGUCUCUGGGGACAGCCUGAAUAACUUUUUUCUACUUUCCUACAAUACUGUAUUACUGUAUAUUUUCCUGCAGUAUGAAAAGACAUUCAGGUCCAAGAUUUAUGCAAUUUGUCAUUAUUUUCAAAGAAAUCUGUAUUUUAGAUGUGUGUGGUCCUGGUGUCGAAAACUGAUGUUGAGUGGAAACAGAAAUUCAUGCUCUUUGUGCUGUUGGCGAGAAAUAUAAAUAUAUAUAUUUUAU